UUCGCUGACUCAACGAAAAAUAUUAAGUAUACCAUACAUAAGCCACAACAUUGUUUUUUUGUUGGCUAUCUGCAGUUUGUUCAACAAAUAACAUUUGUCAACAACUUGCAAGACACGCGCUCAUUCAAGGAUCUCAAGAUGGCGGCAAGUGCUGGCGCCAGCAGCUGGAGCGGCAGCAGCGGUGGCAGCAACUCAUCCCAAGGACGUCAACUGGCAUUGACACAAACAGCUCAAGAGGAGCGUCUAGUGGUGGCAGUGCGCGUUCGUCCCAGCCUGGAGGCCACAGAGCGCUGCAUUGAGGUAAUCUCAGGUGGUUCACUGCUAUUUGAUGACGGCGGCAAGAGUCGUCCACGCCAGUACAGCUACGAUCAUGUCUUCAAGGAGAACGACACACAGGAGCAAGUCUACAGAACCACAACAGCGCCGCUUGUCCGUGAUGUGCUCAAUGGCUACAAUGCCGCUGUCUUCGCCUAUGGCGCCACGGGCUCGGGCAAGACGCACACCAUGCUUGGUCCGGUGCAGCGGAAGAAGCCCGCCACAGCUGAGCGCAUGGUGGUCACCGCCUCAGACGUUAGUAGCCAGGAUAUUGGACUUAUGGUGCGCGCCAUUGAGGACAUCUUUGCGCAUAUUGAAGCCGCUGGGCCGGAUAGCGCCAGCAAAGUGUCCAUUUCGUAUUUGGAAAUCUACAAUGAGCUUAUACGCGAUCUGCUGAAUCCGGGUGGGCCACUGGAGCUGCGUGAGGAUCAUCGCGGGCAGCGCAUUACUGUCGCCGGUCUCUCCGAGAUUACUACAUCCAGUCGCAAGGAGGUGGUCAGUCUGCUGCUCAAGGGCAACAAGGCGCGCACCAUGGAGCCCACAGCAGCUAAUCAGACCUCAUCUCGUAGUCAUGCGCUGCUCAGCAUAACUGUGCAGACGCGCACUCCACUGGGCACCAAGCAGGGCAGGCUUUUCCUAACCGAUCUGGCGGGCUCGGAGCGCGCCAAGAAGACCAAGAAUCGUGGCAAGCGCUUGCAGGAGGGCGCACACAUCAAUCGCAGUCUCUUGGCACUGGGCAACUGCAUCAAUGCCCUGUCUGGCGGCGCACGUUAUGUCAACUAUCGCGACUCCAAGCUGACGCGUUUGCUCAAAGAGGCUCUCAGCGGCCGCUGCAAGACAGUCAUGAUUGCCCAUGUGGCGCCCGAGAGCAAGCAUCGCGAUGAGACCAAGAAUACGCUGGUCUAUGCGGAUCGGGCCAACAGCAUUACCACCAAGCUGCAGAGUUCUGUCUACAUUGAUGAGUUCAAGAACUUUCCCACCAAGCACUACCAGAGUCUGGUCUCGGAGCUGCGCGAUGAAGUCUCGCGUUUGCGCACCAAGAUGCUAACAGAGCGUCCACGCAGCGGCGCCGCUGCUGCAGCAGCUGCUGUGGCUGCCACCAAUCCCGCACAGCCUGGCCAACCAGCCAAUGGAGAGCUCAACGAACAGCGCAAAACGGAGCUGCGUUAUCUACGCGAACAGAUUGUGCUGACGUUCAAGCAGCAGAUGAAGCUGCGCCGCAAGCUGCUCGAGGCUGAGAGUCAUCUGCUUGGACUGGAACUGGAUGCAGAGCGUCAGCAUAUGAUUAUAUCACACUGGCAGGGACGCAUAGGCAAGCUAUACGAUGCGCCAGGCGAUGAUGAUCUGGAGUCGGAGGGCUCGGUGGCGCUUAAGAACGCUUGGGGUGAGCUGGCUGCCAUUGAGAAGGAAACGCGUCGCUAUAAGGAAGUGCGUGAAAACACUGAGCACGAGCUGGAGCUGUGCCGCCAAAAGGGUGUCAAGCUAGAAGAUGAACUUCCGGAACGCAUCUCAAGCGAUGAGGAGCGUGAGCUUUUGGCCUUGCUUUGUCGCGUGCACGAACUGGAGGCGGAUAAGGUAUCGCUGCAGGCAGAGCGGCUAGCGCGCCAGGCAGAGCUGCGACGCCGUGAUUUGCAGCUACUGCGCGCCGAGCGUCAGCGUCGUCUAUGCGAGGAUAUUAUCAGCUCACAGCGUCGUCUCAUUGAGGAGGGCAAUGUAGAGCUGCCAGAUGAGCUGCGCGAGCUUUAUGGCCUCUAUCAGCAGGAGAUACAUGCGGGCGUCGUCACACCAGGCAGCAGCAACUAUGAGAAAAAACUGCCGCCCAUCUAUACGGCCGGCUCCGACUCGCCCGGCUCCAGUUCCAGCUCUGAGUGGUCGCCCGCCUCGCCCUUGCCAGCUAUUGAAGGUCAGCCAGAGCAUGUAGUAUUGGAGGGACCAGAUCGGCUAAUGGGUCCCAAAGUCAACGCACGUCUGCCUCGCAUGUCCAAUCCGAGCACAGGAGCAGCAACCGGCACGCGUCGUCCGUCGCUGCGUCUCGGCAAGCAAACGCAUCCUUAAAGGCGGCAAUGCCAACUCUGCUCGAGUUGCUCAGGUAUAGUUGUAAAGGUUUAGUUUAACGGAUCGGAUUACUGCAAUUGCUCAAAAAAUCAUUUGACACAUCAAUUAUAUUUAUACUUAAAAUCUAAUGCAUGUUCUUGAAUAAAUACGU